AUGAACAUCGCGAGCAACAACAUCCUACGCGGCCGCCAGCUCGCCGAGCUUUACUUUACUCGGAAUGCUGCUGGCAGUACGGACUGGACAUGCCGGUGUGGCGCACGACGUGGGUCGUUUACAGUUAGGUCCGAGCGCGCGAGUUGUCAAAAACCCAAUUUUGAGAGCGUCAUUGUGAAGAUCCUCCGCGGCACCGAGACAACAAUAACAGCCGAAGAGUGUGCAAGCGUGAUCAAGCUGCGUAAUGAAGAAAUUAUCGAAUCCAGCACGGCGGGCAUGGCGCUUCCUGUGAUGUAUCUGGCCGAGCAGUAUCUCCCAAGCUAG